AUGGCUACUACAGAUGUUAACCAGAAAUAUGAACAUGAAGGACUAGAAUAUAUUAAUAAUCAAAUAAAUAGUGAAAAUAUGGAAUUAAUACCCCAACUAUACCAAUCAUUAUUUACUUUAAUAAAUAAAACAAGUGGUACCGAUACCACCGGUAAUGCAAACACAAAUUUUAAUAUAGAAACUGCAAAUAUAAGACACAAAUUAAAAUUAGUCAAGAGUUAUAUACUUUCAGAAUAUAAUGCUCGAAAGACUACAGAUAACAAUCAAGACCCAAAACAAGUUAAUUUUGUAGAGCUUUUAUCCAAAAGUGUUGAAGAAUGGGAGGUGGAAUGUGACAACAAAAUCAAAGAAUUGAAUAAUAAAAAACAUAUAAUUUCUCUUUUACAAAAUAAAAUUACAAAUAAUAAAUAUACUGAUUGA